AUGGUUUAUUUGCUUGCUCACGGUGUGGCAAUAUCAUGGAUGCCGUCGAUCGCGGCCGAUCAGACACCGAGAGAUGCGCUGCAGUCAGAAGCGUCUUUUGCUCCCACUGCACAAUAUCUCAGGGCAUGGCGCGAAUACGUGGAAGAGAUCGACAGAUUUGUGGGAGGCGCUGUCGCUGGUGAUCACUUGGCAAACAAUUUGCUUCAUGAUUUGCGUCGUCGAAGGCAAGAAGGCGAUCCGCUUUACUGGUAUCUUCCAAUUUCUCUAUUGCCGCGUCUUGGACCUGAAGUCUUCUUUUCAGUUCUUCUCAUUGGGUAUUUAUUCACGGAGACAGAAUACUCGCAGCUCGACAAGGUUCAACGGACUAAGGUAACGCCUACUGCUCAAUGA